AUGGACAAAGUCACCAGCGGUCGAGUCACCAAGCCAGCCUCGACCUUUAGGUACAUCCCGGAGACGACCGCCACACAGCGAGCCUCAGGAUUUGAGUAUGUCCCGGAGACGACUGCCACACGCCGUUCAAUAGACAAUCAUCAAUAUUUUCCAGGCCUAAGCAACCCCGGCCAACCUGGUACGUACAGGCCCGAACAUGAGUCAAUCUUCGGAAGAGGAAGGCCUCCUACCCCCAAGCCGAAACUAAACUUCAUACACGCCUUCCUCUCCCUUCCCCCCGAGAUCAGGAACAGAAUCUUCCACGAAGCAGCUCCCAAGCCCUGGGCCUGGAUCCACAUCCGAGUCAUUCCCAGCUACUACACCCGCCAGAUUAGCCCCUUCGCCUCUCUACACCCUCAGAUUUCCCAGGAGUACUUCGGCUACUGGUGCAGCGAAAUAGCGUUCAUGUGGGUUAUGGAAUUCCCGCUCGUGAAAGAACCGUGGAAGGUCGUUUUUGAGGGGAUCAAAUUCGAUCCUUGGGUGGACUUCCUCGCGAAGUUUAGGGGUGAGGAUCAGGCCAGGAAUAUUAGGGUGAUACAUUUCCGGACCAGGCCCUUUGAGAUUAAGCAUAUGCUGGGGGAGGAGUACCACCCGGAAUCGCGAGAUGCGCCCCUGCAGAGAGUGGUGCGGCAGCCGAUCUUGAAGGUUGAGUAUGAGCUUCAGCAGCGGUAUGUCAAUUAUGAGGAGAUGGGGGAUGGGACGAUGAGGAGGAUUGACGAGCCAUUUGGGUCGUUUCAGGGAGUGUUGGAUGGUAUUGGUGCUGGCCAUAUGACGCGGAAGGAAAAGCUCGAUGAGAUUGCCUUUGCGGUAUCAAGGCAGAUACGGCACGAGGCAUCGGGUGCUUUUAGUGGUAGCAAGUAG